AUGAAACAUUCUUCUGAUCCAUACCAACCUAUGACUUUGCUCCAGGCUGUCAGGGAGGCGAAUUCUAUAUUCGAAGAUUACAAUAAGCAGGAUGCUCAUGAGCUACUUGUUAAUUUGUUGGAUAAUAUCAGGAGAACUGAAGACGAUUUGAUUCAACAAGUUCAACACUAUCCCAAAUUAUUGGAUGGAAAGAAAUCGACAGUGAAUUCUUUGAGAAUGUGGAAUAGGACCUGCUACAAGAAGAUCGAAACUGCUAGAGAGGCUAUUCCAGUGGAUCAUAUGAAUGAUGGAGAUUCCACAUAA